AUGGCCUCUGAAACAAGCACUGCUCCCACUGAGCGACUCCAGAGAGUCGAUGCGCAGCCGGAGAACCCCUACGCCAGCUUGAUUGAGGACCAGUUCAUUGCUGUGGUCCCUUCUUUCACACUUGAAUCUGGUGUUACCCUAUACAAUGUCCCCGUUGCGUACACUACAAGAGGUGUUCUCUCUCCCAAUGGUGACAAUGUUCUGGUGAUCUGUCACGCAUUGAGUGGUAGUGCUGAUGUCGCCGACUGGUGGGGUCCACUCCUGGGUGGCCCUGGCCAAGCAUUUGAUGUGUCCCGAUUCUUUGUCGUUUGUUUGAACAGCCUGGGCAGUCCCUAUGGAAGUGCCAGCGCGGUCACAUACAAGGAUGGUAAGCCUGAGAAUGGCUACUAUGGACCUGAGUUUCCUCUAACCACUGUCCGCGAUGACGUGAACAUUCACAAGUUGGUUUUGGACGACUUGGGUGUAAAGCAGAUCGCUGCCGUUGUUGGUGGUUCCAUGGGUGGAAUGCUCACCUUGGAGUACUCCUUCUUUGGCAAGGACUAUGUUCGUGCCAUUGUGCCAAUUGCUACAUCUGCACGCCACUCUGCAUGGUGCAUCAGCUGGGGUGAAGCUCAGAGACAAAGUAUUUACUCUGACCCCAAGUAUGAUGAUGGAUACUACACCUUUGAGGAUCUCCCCGCUUCCGGCCUUGGCGCAGCCCGCAUGUCGGCACUUCUUACAUACCGUAGCCGAGACUCUUUCGAGUCGCGCUUUGGCCGCAAUGUUCCCGACCCAUCUAAGCGGGUUAACAUUAAUGGUGGCGAAAAGCUGCCCACUCCUCCUAAUGAGCACUGGGCCAUCCAUAAUGAUGGACACCGGACUGGCGCGUCGAGCCGCCAGAACUCGCCAAUCCCCCAGACCGCCCCCCAGACCCAGCCUGAGGUUCAGUUCAUGGACCCCCAGUUCUCGGGCACCAAGACCUUCUCCCCGGAGAUCGAGAUUAAGACUGAUUCUGCCGGUCGCCCUCGUCCGCCUACCUACUUCUCCGCACAGUCCUACUUGCGCUACCAGGGAGAUAAGUUCGUGAAGCGAUUUGAUGCCAACUGCUACAUCGCCAUGACCCGCAAGCUCGAUACUCACGACGUGUCCCGCCACCGUACCAGUGGCGAAUCCGGUGACCGUGUGCUUGAGGCACUUGCUAAGAUUGAGCAGCCUGCUCUGGUGAUUGGUAUUGAAUCUGAUGGUCUUUUCACAUUCGCCGAGCAGCAGGAGGUUGCGGCUGGAAUCCCUGAUUCCCGUCUUAAGCGUAUUGACAGCCCCGAGGGUCACGAUGCCUUCCUCUUGCAGUUUGAGCAGGUCAACCGCCACAUCGUGGAGUUCUUCCAUGAGGUCCUGCCUGACAUUAUGGCUCAGACCAGUGCCGAGGGUGCCGCUGCUGUUGCAAGCGUCACCAAGCUCACCAAGAGCAGCACCUUUGGCGAGGCCGAGGUGGAUGACAUUACCGCCUGGUAA